GAUGCGUCGACGGUUAUUUGUCGGUGAUGCCGCUGCGGCGGCGCUGGCAUGCAUGGCGACUGCACAGGCCACCGACGACAUCUUACGAGAUGAAGUGAAUGAGUACAAGUUCACAGAACACGACGUUGGGUCGCCUUCACAAGAUGACGAGAUUCAGAUCUACUCGACGGACAUUUCGGGCACCGAUCUGCGUGACCAGGCACAUCGUGGUUCUUUAGAUGGCGGUAGUGGACCUUCCUUCAUGGCAGACAUGACGGUGCCGUUCGUACCAGUCGUCCCCAGCACAUUGGACAUUGUCGCCAUUCCGGACGCGAUUGUGCUCUCUCCCGACCAAAUCCGCGACGUAUCCAUUGCUGUCCAAGCCAUUCUUCUUGCAGGUGUCAUUGUGGUCGCCAUCAUCGGUCGCAUCGUCUCCAUUGUUCGGACUCGUCGCGCUGUCGAGGACUCGAUCCGCCACGUCUAUCGCCUGGUAGACGUCGCCGCUGUUCGUCAGGCGAUUGCGGAAUCCACCAACGCCGAGUUCCACGCGGCGGCCUCACUGCACCUUCGUCUGAUGGAGUUUCUGAGGGUGGCGAACGAUCUCGCCGCCGAGACGUACUACAAAGAGUUUGAUCAUGCCCGAUGGAUGAUAGUGAAUCGAGUGACGAAGGAAGAAGACCCGACGAAUGUGGCAGGCUUGCUGGAGCACAUGGCGACGGUUGUAACCAAGGGCGAGGCGUUGGUGGCGACCUUGGCUGCUCAAGAUGUUCCUGUGCCGAAGGACCGUAAACGGGCAAUCGAAAGCCACCUCGAGACGCUGCGCGCACGGAAGAGCCACAUGGCGAAGCUGCAUGUGACGAUUCGUUCCAAAAUCGAAGCCGCCAUCGAGGCGUCCAAACACCGCAAUGGGAUGCAAUUGGACGAUUGGAAGCGGCUGAAGGACCUAUGGAUUUCUCUGGGACUUUCGGAAGUAGAAGUAAAUGAGCCCGACGGAUGGUACCAGAGGAAUCUUCGUAACCUUGAGCUGCAGCAGGCGACGCUGUUCGAGUUGUACAAGCUGAAGCAACGAGCAGAGUCGUCGAUCGUGGUGGUAUCGUCGUCGAAAUCGAUGGAGCCUUCCGUGCUAGAUCAAAUGUCGGAUCUGCUGAAGAAAGCCAAGCGAGAAGAAUGGGACCAGGACGAGUUCUACCAGCUUGAACUGUUCGUCCAAACUCGUGCUGACCACCACAUCGAGCAACAGGCCAUGGUGUUGGCGCAGCUACCGGCGUCGCCAUUGCCACGGUCUCUUGGAAAUGACGUCGAAGAAAGGACCGACGUCCAACGUGACCCAGGUUACAAGCGUGGGAUGGAUUUGCAUGACGUGCUGCAAAUGCAAAUGGCGCAAACUCGAGCUCUGCAAGACAAUGCCCUCGCCUUCCACAAGCUCAACACAGACCGCAUCAUGCUACAUGAAAGGAAGAUGCACCUCGAAACACUCGACCAACGCCAACGUCAGUUUGAAUUGACCGUCCAGGCCAAGCGCGAGCGCGACGAAGCCAAGUAUCAACGGAAACUCCAGGACGCCACAGCCAAACUGGAACGUAAACUCACUGCAAAAAGACUCAAGCAGGCCGAGAAGGACGCAAAAGAGACCGCCGCUGCGAAUGCCAAGUUCCUCGCUCUACGUGUUCAUGAAGAGUGGGCGCUUGUCCGGCACGUUCUGGUGCUGAACAUGGUGGUGGUGAUUCUCGUGAUGGCGCUCGUAUUCUGGGACGCUGUGACAUCGCGGGAAUGGCUGUCGUCGACGUGCGAUGUUCGACAAUCCUACUGGACACCGACGCAUCUUUCUGUACUCGGAUGCAAAGCUAUGUACGGAGCGCAGGUGGCAUCCGUCAUGGUCCUGGCGCUGCUCCUCCUCUCCGUGUUUUCCUACCUAAACCUGUCGUUGUGGGGCGUGGCCAUCCUGGGUGGCGCCGCUCUGUACACGUUUCGGGCAUCGUGGCAGCACGUGUUGUUACGUCUGCCUCACGUGCUGUGGCUCGUCGGGUUCAACUAUUGCGUGGGGUCCAUGCUUGCUUUGGAUGGUCGACGUCGCUGGACGCUGUACAUGAACUGGAGGCCCAUUGUCGUGUAUAUAGCAUACCCCAUCGUGUCGCUGGCCGUGUCGCUCGCGAUGGGCAUGAAGAUCGCGUGCGACUCCCCAAUCGAUUGCUUUCACGACGCCAUCGCCUGGUGCAGAGUGCAAUCGCUCAACGUCGUCACGUAAUACACGCCAUCCUCCGGGCUAAAAUCCUUUCGUGGAGCUAUGCUGACUGCUGCACCAACUUCGUUCUCCGAAGACUUGGUGAUCCAAUACAAAGGCCGGCAUGUUGACGACCUGUAAGGUGAUCAUCACGCGAAGGGCUAGUCUCGUUCAAUGCAGCCUCUGGAAUAGUGGACACCGACCACCCUAGCUAUGCUCUUGCAACAAAAGUCUUCUUCAGAGGCCAACCGUCCCCCUUCUGCAAUGAACGU